GUAGCGGUAUAAAGCAAGGGUCAGCCAGCCUCGUGCAGUCAUCCUCGUGGUCCUCGCUUAGUCGGUGCCCAGAACACUCCUCGCAUUCACCACGCCCUGAGCUAAGGGUCCAUCACACAAACACACACGCACACAACACAGGUUCCUUCUCUCCCUGUAACUUCUCAACAAACGCACACACAAAUUUAACUGAGAACAAAUCCAAACUUUAUCAGAAUUGAGAAGCGAACGAAAACGAAAUUACAGAAAACCUUAAGCACAGUGAGAGAAAGGUUUGCCCAAGCCCGAAGGAGGAGCACCAACCUCUCCCGCACCACCAUGAAGACCCACAAUACCCCAUCCUGCUUCCUGCUGCUCUUCUUCGUCUCUGUCAGCCUCCUCCCCUGCCUCGCCAUCAGUAGACAGGACACCUACAGGCAGUACGCGGACAUGCCCACGGCGCAGGAGGAAGGGGAGAGGGAGCCUGGACGGGGCGGGGCGCACUACGAAAGUGGUUUCGGGCCCCAGGAGGUGCAGCCCGUCGCCAGGUGCCGCCACAACUUCCACGAGAGGACCGAAGCAGCUAUCAGCAGGCAGAUCAACUUGUUCCUCCACGUCGGUUAUGUGUACAGCAGCAUGGCUCACCAUUUCGGCAGCUGCGACGUCUCUCUCCCAGGGUUCGAAAAGUUCUUCCAGCAGAUGGCGGAAGAGCAGCAGGUGCGGGCCGGGACGCUGUCGAAGUACCAAAGCAUGCGCGGAGGCGUUGUGACCAUGCUACCUGUGUCCGCCCCCACCACCAUCAACUGGGGCACGGGACUUGAGGCUAUGCAGAAGGCGCUGGAUAUGGAGAAGUCCGUGAACCAGGCAUUGCUGGAGCUCCACCUGGUGGCUCAGCAGCACGAGGACACCCACGCCUCCACCUUCAUCCAGACCAGCUUCCUCAACACGCAGGUGGAGAAGAUCUUCACGCUGAGUCAGUACGUCACGAGCCUGGAGCGGGUCGGCCCGGGGCUUGGCGAGUACCUCUUCGACAAGUUGCCUCAGAACUAAGAUCCUGCAGGGUCACGGGAGCCUUGUCAUUCUCCCGAGCUGGACCCCAAACUUAACUGUGAUCUGGGCUUGCUACGCACGAACUUCAGCUUCAAAUGGAAUGUUGCAAGCUUCAAAUGGAGUGUUGCAAGCUUCAGUUGGUGUUGCCAGCUUCAAAUGGAGUGCUGCCAACUUCAACUGAAGUGUUGCAAACUUCAAAUGGAGUGUUGCAAGCUUCUAAUGGUGUUGCAAGCUUCUAAUGGUGUUGCAAGCUUCUAAUGUGUUGCAAGCUUCAAAAGGAGUGUUGCAAGCGGACAGUCAUCACAGCAAGCAACCACUAUGAAUUCCCACUGCCCCGCCCCGCCUUGCCUCACCCGCCUUGUGUAUAGCCAGCCACCACCCCACCACCUCAACACUCCUCCGCGCCUCCAACAAUCCUGAUCGACCUAGUAUAUUUCAAUGCACUCCACCUGUUCCGCUACGCCCUGGAUAAACUUGGCACGCUUUCAGGUUUCUCCAAAAGUCCUGUCGCUACAUCAGCCACCACAACCAAGCUGACACACACACACACACACACACACACACACACACA